AUGGGUCUCUCAAUCUCCAAGUUGUUCGACAAGCUAUGGGGGAAGAAGGAGAUGAGAAUUCUGAUGGUCGGUCUCGACGCUGCCGGAAAGACCACCAUCCUCUACAAGCUCAAGCUCGGUGAAAUCGUCACGACCAUCCCCACCAUUGGUUUCAACGUCGAGACUGUCGAGUACAAGAACAUCCAGUUCACCGUAUGGGAUGUCGGCGGUCAAGACAAGAUCCGUCCUCUCUGGAGACACUACUUCCAGAACACCCAGGGUAUCAUCUUCGUUGUUGACAGCAACGAUCGCGACCGUAUCAUCGAGGCCCGCGAGGAAUUGCAGCGCAUGCUCAACGAGGAUGAGCUCCGGGAUGCCAUUCUCCUGGUCUUUGCCAACAAGCAAGAUUUGCCCAACGCCAUGAACGCUGCUGAGAUUACCGACAAGCUCGGCCUCCACAGCUUGAGACAGCGUGCCUGGUACAUCCAAUCUACUUGCGCUACUUCCGGAGAUGGUCUGUACGAGGGUCUCGAGUGGCUCGCCACCACCCUCCGCAAGGCCGGACACUCGUAA